AUGAACUUGCCGCCCGACAAAGCCCGGCUGCUGCGGCAGUACGACAACGAGAAGAAGUGGGAGCUCAUCUGUGACCAGGAAAGAUUUCAAGUGAAGAAUCCUCCACAUACAUACAUCCAGAAGUUGAAGGGCUAUCUGGACCCAGCUGUAACCAGGAAGAAAUUCAGAAGACGAGUCCAAGAGUCUACUCAAGUACUCAGAGAACUGGAAAUUUCUUUAAGAACAAAUCACAUCGGAUGGGUCAGGGAGUUCCUGAAUGAAGAAAACAAAGGCCUGGAUGUUCUGGUGGAGUACUUGUCAUUUGCGCAGUAUGCAGUCACGUUUGACUUUGAAAGUUUGGAGAACAAUGUGGAAAACUCGAUGGACAAGUCCAAACCUUGGAGCCGAUCUAUUGAGGACCUGCACAGAGGCAGUAAUUUACCCUCGCCAGUUGGCAACAGCAUUUCCCGCUCUGGUAGACACUCAACUUUACGAUAUAACACCUUGCCAAGCCGAAGAACACUAAAAAAUUCCAGAUUAGUGAGUAAAAAAGAUGAUGUUCAUGUCUGCAUCAUGUGUUUACGGGCCAUAAUGAAUUACCAGUAUGGAUUCAAUAUGGUCAUGUCACAUCCACAUGCCGUUAAUGAAAUUGCACUAAGUUUGAACAACAAGAAUCCCAGGACAAAGGCCCUUGUCUUGGAACUUUUAGCGGCUGUUUGCCUCGUCAGAGGAGGGCAUGAAAUCAUUUUAUCUGCAUUCGAUAACUUUAAGGAGGUGUGUGGAGAGAAACAGCGCUUUGAGAAGCUGAUGGAGCACUUCCGAAAUGAAGAUAACAAUAUAGACUUUAUGGUGGCCUGCAUGCAGUUCAUCAACAUUGUUGUCCACUCGGUAGAGGAUAUGAACUUCAGAGUCCACCUGCAGUAUGAGUUUACCAAGCUGGGCCUGGACGAGUAUUUGGAUAAACUGAAACACACAGAGAGCGACAAACUGCAGGUGCAAAUUCAAGCUUACCUGGAUAACGUUUUUGAUGUGGGAGCUUUACUGGAGGAUGCUGAAACGAAGAAUGCAGCCCUAGAAAGAGUUGAAGAACUGGAAGAAAACAUUUCGCAUUUAUCUGAAAAACUCCAAGAUACGGAGAAUGAAGCCAUGGCAAAGAUUGUGGAACUGGAAAAGCAACUUAUGCAAAGAAAUAAAGAACUGGAUGUGAUUCGGGAAAUCUACAAAGAUGCAAAUACCCAGGUUCACACCUUGAGAAAAAUGGUGAAAGAAAAAGAAGAAGCCAUCCAGCGACAGUCAACACUGGAGAAAAAGAUCCAUGAACUGGAGAAGCAGGGAACCAUUAAGAUCCAGAAGAAAGGUGAUGGUGACAUCUCUAUCCUUCCUGUUGCUCUGGCCUCUGGGAUGGUGCCGGCAGGGUCAGAGGCUGUGGCUGGCACAUGUGUUGCACCGGUCGCUGGAGCUGCAUCUUCAGUACCAUUGCCACCACCUCCACCACCAUUACCCACCUUAGCAGCAGCAUCUGAGGCAGUGCAAAACGGUCCUGUGUCAGUGCCGAUGCCACCUCCGCCGCCGCCUCCACCA